UUGGAGCAGGUGUUCUGUGACACCAGCCGGGUCAUACAGGCCACAGAUGUGCUGGACUGGGAAGAUAAGGAUGCAGCAGAGACACUGGUUGACAACGUGGUCCAUUCCAGGAUCAUCAACCCUUUACGACUCUUUGUUAAGCCAUCUCCAGUGCUGAAACACGGCCAGGUCUCCUACUCGGACAGCAUAGAAAACUUUUGGGAUUGGUUGUCCAACAUCACGGAGGUUCAGGAAUCUCUGGCACGAACUAAACGCAGACCUAUAGUAAAAACUGGGAAAUUCAAGAAAAUGUUUGGCUGGGGCGACUUCCACUCCAACAUCAAAACUGUAAAGCUGAACCUCCUGAUCACGGGGAAAAUCGUCGAUCACGGCAAUGGAACCUUCAGUGUUUAUUUCCGACAUAAUUCCACAGGUCUGGGGAAUGUUUCUGUCAGCCUGGUGCCACCUUCCAAAGUGGUGGAGUUUGAACCAUCUCCACAGUCCACGCUGGAGACCAAGGAAUCCAAGUCCUUCAACUGCCGCAUCGAGUAUGAGAAAACAGACCGCGCUAAAAAAACUGCCUUGUGCAACUUUGACCCUUCCAAGAUCUGCUACCAAGAGCAGACCCAAAGCCAUGUGUCCUGGUUGUGUUCCAAACCCUUCAAAGUCAUCUGCAUUUACAUCGCUUUCUACAGCGUAGAUUACAAACUGGUGCAGAAGGUCUGUCCCGACUACAACUACCACAGCGAGACGCCGUACCUGUCCUCGGGCUGA